AGCUUGAUUCGGUUAUUCGAUAUCAUAAGAUCUAUUGCUUUCCGGCUAGUUUUCAAGCUGUUCCGCAUUAAGAAACGUGGCGCCAGUAUCGCAUAUUUCAGUAUACUCGAACACAACACAAUGUGGACGAGCAGCAUGAAAAGAAAAGGUUUCUAGCGCGCAAUGCAAUCAACAAACGCUGUACCACACUCGAAUCUAAAUAAAACACGAAAAAUUCAACAAGAAUGAAGUUUAAUUUAACUUCUUAUUAUCUAAUUCGGUAGCUAUGAAAUCUCAUCGAUACGUCUUGUGUUAUACUAUCUUUUCUCCCUUCUACUCGCUCCGUGUUAUCGAUUGUUACGAAUGCGCCGACUGAUAAUGCGUUAAAUGUGCACUUCCUUUAAUCUAAAAUCAUAUAUCCUUACAUCUAUUUCCUGGAAAGAAACGAAUAUCACGAUCAAUCAGCAUUAUGUAUACUCUGCAAAAUUAAUGGACAGUCGGACACUUUACAACAUGAAGAUUUGAUAGAUGAAAAAAAUGUGUUUUCUAACAUAUCAUCAUGGAAAUAGAAGACUGAAAGUUUGAUGAUAUAAUGGAAUCCAGGAUGCCAGUAAAAUACGACGAUUCUUAAGUUCAGGAUGGAAAUUAGAAAAGGGCCUUGGUCGAAAAAAAUCCUGGUUCCAGCCUGUUUUUUGGUAAUUCUCAUCUGGAUUUUUCUAAUCGACAAUUCAUUACUGCUUGCCGGUUUGUCUGGCAAGGUAACAUUACAAAAACCCAGAAAUUUCGUUUCUUUCGCUCGCGAUCCGAAUUUGGACCGUUUAACGAUCAAGGAAUCCUCUCUGAUAAAUGAUGUCGAAUCCAAACACUCAAAACUAUCGAAACUUCAUCUGGUGUCGCUUUGGGCAGGCAACAACACUGUUAAAGGAAACACAGGAUUUGUGCGAAAAUAUCAGAUUUUGAAACAGCAAGGUUUAAUGCCAAGUAAACAAUUACCAACUGCUUUGAUAAUCGGUGUUAAAAAAGGCGGGACAAGAGCGUUGUUAGAAUUUUUAAGAUUGCAUCCUGCUAUUCGUGCUGCUGGAUCUGAAGUACAUUUUUUUGAUCAUCAUUACAUCAAAGGAUUUCAUUGGUAUAGACAUAGGAUGCCUCCAACCUUAACCACUCAAAUCACAAUGGAGAAAACCCCAUCGUACUUUGUAACAAGUGAAGUACCGAGGAGAGUACAACGCAUGAAUCCAGGGAUGAAAUUGAUUCUUGUGGUAAGGGAUCCAGUUACUCGAGCGAUAUCCGAUUAUACUCAAGUGAAGAGCAAACGAGCUAAUAUGCCGAGAUUCGAGGAUUUAGCGUUUUUGAAUGGAUCGAAGAUCGUGGACACGUCAUGGGUACCAUUGAAAAUCGGAGUGUACGCACGACAUUUGGAGAGAUGGCUUCAAUAUUUCCCAUUAUCACAAUUUCUUUUUGUAUCCGGAGAAAGAUUAAUCAUGGAUCCUGUCGCCGAGAUCACGAGGGUUCAGGAUUUUUUAGGCCUAAAAAGAGUUAUUUGUGAGAAACAUUUUUAUUUCAAUGCCACGAAAGGAUUCCCUUGUCUGCUCAAAUCUGAGGAACGUCCUACACCCCAUUGCCUUGGUAAAAACAAAGGUCGUAGUCAUCCUUAUAUAGAUCCUGUAGCUAUACAACGAUUGAGAGAUUUUUAUCGUCCAUUCAAUCAACGUUUCUACCAAUUAACCGGAAUGGAUUUCGGCUGGUUGUGAGAGUAAAUGCGAUAAGCAGAAUACAUAUCGAAGCUAGUCAAGUAAAAAAAAAAAAAACAUAGUCAAUUUUUACUGAGAUACGACACGCGCGCA